CUCUGCCCGGUAAUCUGUCCAUUGGCUCCUUUUUAAACUGACUAAGUGGGCGGUGCUUAUUAGUCCCAAAUAAAGUACGAUGUUUAGUUCUUAAGAUGAAUCCGCUUUUUCAUCUCCUACUUAAUAAUGAGACUUUGAACCGGAGAGUUUAUAACUGGCCAGACAUCUGGCACCGCUCAUUAAUCCGGAGACGACAAAGACGCGUUGCGUGCUCUGCUUUUGCAAGUGGGUGGACGGGUAACUGAACUGCCAUUUAGCAAUCUGCAGUUCUAUGCAUUAUUGAUUUUUGACCCAAAUACAAUAAGAAUCUCUGACGCAUGUGUCUAAUUAAUGCUUAACCGAAACGCUGAAACUGAAAAUAUAAAGCGUUUGUACGUGUGACAGAGAGUCGCUGAGAAAUGUCGCACCUUACAAGCUUCCAUGUAAACACUCCUCUGCUGGAAAGCCUGGACCUCUCAAAGAGAGCUGGAACCCGAGUGUACAUGAAGAUGGAGAACGCCCAGCCAUCCGGCUCUUACAAAAUCCGGGGGAUCGGACAUCUCUGUCAGAAGAUGGCAGGCCCUGGUUCCAGGGGUGUAGUCUGCGCCUCAGGUGGCAAUGCAGGUAUGGCCACAGCAUAUGCGGCCAGAAAACUCCAAAUCCCAGCAACCAUCAUUGUCCCGACCUCCACCCCCAAGCUGGUGAUUGAGAAGCUGAGGAGCCAGGAGGCCUCAGUAAGGGUGGUAGGCAAGGAGUUUGACGAGGCUAACGCAGAGGCUCUGCGUGUGGCCCAUUCAGAGGGGCUCACCUUUGUUCCACCCUUUGAUCACCCUCUGCUGUGGGAGGGCCACGCCAGUAUCAUACACGAAAUCAAGGACUCGCUGACUUGUAAGCCUGGGGCUGUGGUUGUGGCCGUGGGGGGGGGAGGACUCCUCUGUGGGGUCAUGGAGGGUCUGAAGCAGGUGGGCUGGGACGGCGUGCCCAUCAUCUGCAUGGAGACGGAGGGCGCCGCCUCUUUGAACGCAGCGAUCAGAGCGGGGAGGCUAGUCACGCUCCCUGAAAUCCGAAGUGAGGCCAAAACCCUGGGAGCAAAGACGGUAUGCAGCCAGGCCUUUGAGUGCACCAAGCAGGGCCACGUCAUCUCUGAGGUGGUGACAGACCUGGAGGCCCUACAGGCUCUGGAGCAGUUUCUGGAUGAAGAGCGGGUUCUGGUGGAGCUGUCUUGUGGAGCAGCGCUGGCUGCCGUCUACAGUGGCGUGAUCCAGCGGCUGCGGGCGGAGGGCCGCCUGCCCCCCCUGCUGGACCCCAUAGUGAUGGUGGUGUGUGGUGGCAGUGGGAUCAGCAUGAGCUGGCUGAAGGAGCUGUCCGACAAGCUAAGGGGCUGAGCCUGGGGAGCAGUGCAUCAUGGGAAUGCGGCAGACCUCCGAAUCGUGGUCCACGUGCUGGCAUUAGCUGCACUACAGAUCAACAGAUGGCACCAUGUCAGUGAUGUGCUCUGCUGGUCAAGCGUCAUCUUGUAUCUGUGAGGAAACUGGUUUGAAUAAAAAGGCUAGCUACCAAUUGUUUGAAACAGCAGAAAUAAAUUGUACAUCCACAAACACC